UAUCGGUUCCGGCUUCGGAUCAGACCAUCUGGCCUGGGACUAUUUGAUCAAUGUUCCAAGGGCCUCUGGGUCGUAUGUCAUCCCAAUCCAUUCAAAGCACCAAAUAUCAAAAUCACAUCACUUCCCGUCCAGUUGAUGAGAGAUUCCAAAUUCCCAAUUCCCAAUUCCCCCGUCCUCAUCAGAAUCUGCCAAAUAUUCCACCGUACCUUCUCUUUCUCCCUCCUGUGUUGUCUUCACUGUCAUUGCACUGAGACGGCCUUCACCCGAUCGAUCAAAAUUCCAUUGCUUCACCAUCAUCGACCUCGACCCGGCCCUGAUUGAAGGCGAGGAAGCAUCGCCGAGCGAAGUCCUAUGAAAUUUGGCAAGGAGUUCAGGACCCAUCUCGAGGAAACCCUGCCCGAGUGGAGGGACAAGUUCCUCUGCUACAAGCCCCUCAAGAAGCUCCUCAAGAACCUUCCACCACCAGUCGACCAUCACCCCGCCUUCGCCGGCGAUCCCGCUAAUAUUGAAGACGGGGCCGACGGGAACCCUCCCGAUCACAGGCCCCUCGUCGACCUCCAGGAAUGGUUCGUCGGCAUCUUGAAUGAUGAGCUCGAGAAGUUCAACGACUUCUACGUCGACAAGGAGGAGGACUUCAUCAUCCGUUUCCAGGAGUUGAAGGAGAGGAUCGAGCGUGCUAAAGAGAGCAACAAAGAUGGAGCUUUCUCCUCAGAAACCGAGUUCAGUGAGCAGAUGAUGGAAAUCCGCAAGGACUUUGUCACUAUUCACGGAGAAAUGGUGCUCCUCAAGAACUACAGCUCCCUGAAUUUCGCAGGCCUCGUUAAAAUCUUAAAGAAAUACGACAAACGAACGGGAGGCCUGUUACGCUUGCCAUUCACGCAGCUCGCUCUCCACCAGCCAUUCUUCACGACCGAACCUCUCACUAGACUGGUCCGCGAGUGCGAGGCAAAUCUCGAACUCCUCUUCCCGCUUGAAGCAGAAGUUAUUGAAUCCACCACGGCCAUCGACAAUCAAUCAUCAAACUCGCAGUCUUCUGCAGAUAUGCAGACAGAGCCAUCAGCAACGCUAGGGGAAGAAACCAUGGAUGUGUACAGAAGCACUCUUGCUGCAAUGAGAGCGAUAAGAGGUCUACAGAGAGCAAGCUCUACUUACAACCCUCUGUCGUUAUCGUCGUUUUAUGCCAGGCAGGACGAUGAGAGCACUGGUGCUGUCACAGCUGAAAACUCAGCUGCUAACUCCCCUGCAACUUUGCCAAACACGAAUGAUACGGAAGAUGAAGAUGCACACUCAGGUUAGUUUGUUAGAUUGUUAUCCUGUUUCUAGAGCAAGUGAAACGACAGUUCUGAUUUCUGCUGUGUCGACUUGAAUAUAUUUGAGUUUGAUGUAGUUCUGGAUGCUGUAAGAUAUCGUUAUUAAUUAGACUUUGUUGGGUAUCUCAAACAUGAGACUCUGAAGACAUGGUAUUAUCCAGUAACAGAGGUCCUGCUCAGAGUGUAGCAGUGGACAGUGAUACAGGAGCGUUGCAACUCCAGUCGAUCUGCUUAGUAUUUACGUAGUGCAGAUAAAGAAGGGGCAGCCUCAGUUGGAACAUAUCAAUUGUGGAAAUUCAUGAAUUAUUCUGUAGACAUCAUUUCAGUUAUUUUACAGUGAACUUCGAGUUACCAACA